AUGUCUGAGGAAAUGGCGGUGACUGAUAACGCUUCAAGCGAAGAUGCCAAAUCGAGUGGUGAAGAAACGGCGCCGAAUACUGCCGUCCAGGCCGAAGUUACUCCCUCAGAAAUUCCACUAAAGUUGGCAGAACCUCCUGCUGCGAAGGAACCCGAAAAUGUUCCAGUAGAAGAUGAUCUUGACUUGAAAUUGGAGAUGUUGGAUAACAAAAUUGGGAAUAAUGAUGAUGACAUACUGGAUGAUCCACCACCAGAGUAUGAGUCAGAACCAGAGGAAUCGGAAACAGUUGAGAUGAAUGAGGAACCUCUAGAGAAGCAAGAGGAAACCGUAAAGACGAAAGAUGAUGAUACUGUACAAACUAAAGAGGAUACUGUAGAAACUCAAGUGGGACCAACGGAGGUCACAAAGGAUGAUGAAGAAGAAAAACGGGGUGUCAAACGCAGAGCCUCCAUGGCAUUCAGUGAAAAUGGUGAUGAAGAUUUCAAGGGUUUUGACAUUGCGAAUCUGAGUGAUUUAUCUGGAUAUAACAGUGUAUUGGAACGCUUGGAAGCAGAAGUGACCGCAGCCACCAAGGACUUCACACCAGUGAGGAAUGUGAUGGCUACCCCCACUGCUCCUCCGAAGGCAUCCAAGAGGCCUAGGCAGGAUACUGAUGGAUCGAGACCAUCAUCAGCAAUGUCAUCGAGAUCAGAUGAAAAUAUGUCUGGAGAUUCUGGUACCGCUGGUUCGUCUGGUCGCGUACGUCGCGGCGGUCCCUCCACUGAGAUGUCGUCGCCUUUACUGCGUGUGCCGCUAGAGCGAGGGUGGAGACGGGAAUUAGUGUAUCGUGCGGCAUUAGACGCUCACUCGAGACGAAACGCCGACAUAUACUAUUACACGCCUAAAGGGAAGAAACUGCGGUCCACCAGAGAGGUGGCCGAACAGUUAUCUGGGACUGGAUUGACCCUUGAGAAUUUCUCUUUCUUCAAAGAACCAUUGGGUGUUGAUGAUCCCGAGAAAGAGAUCAUUCGGGACGCGAAAUUGAUUCGUCGCGUGGACUCGCCAGUGGCGGCGGUGACUAGUAGUGUAGCGGGGGCAGGUGCGGGGACCGGGACGGGGGCGGGGGCUGUGGAGGGCAAGCGUACGCCCAAACCUAAAGCUCCCAAGGGGGCCAGCCCUGAACCACCCGCACCCAUCAUCUCUCCGCCCGCCAAGCUCAAGGUUAAGUCUAUGGGUUCACGGUUGAGCAACAGCAGUUCAGCGACGCCCAAACAGAACAAGAAGGCCUCAAACCCCGCUUCCGCCCCCACCACCGCUGCCGACAACAAUAACACAGCCGCCUGGAAGAAACCCAGCGAGGACAAACGUCGCGGCGGUCGGAUAGCUAACGGCGCGACCUCUCCCCCCGCGGCCUCGUCCCCUCGACGCAGGGGCCGUUCAAAGCCUGACGACACUGACCACUUCACCGGAUUCUACGAGAGAGCGAAACAGAAUAACUACAAUGUCGUUGUACAGAUAUUUCAAUACUUGGGUAUGCGCGAUUUGGCGCACUGUGCUCGAGUGUGUAAGCUUUGGAAACAGAUGGCGUCGACACCCGCGCUAUGGAGGCAUGUGCGGAUGAAAAAUUCACACGUAAGUAUUUUCGCGUGCAAUGGUGCCACGAUGAAAGUAGUCUAUAUCCAGCUAUUUUUAAAAGUGUCUUGGGUAAAUCAUUAUAUGUAUGUGACAUUUAUUAAAUAA